UGUUGUUUCUACUGGACUCUACUGGACUCUACUGGUCUCUACUGGACUCUACUGGACUCUGUUGUCUUCUGCUGGACUCUACUGGUCUCUACUGGUCUGUGUUGUCUUCUGCUGGUCUCUGCUGGUCUCUACUGGUCUCUACUGGACUCUACUGGUCUCUACUGGACUCUACUGGACUCUGUUGUCUUCUGCUGGACUCUACUGGUCUCUACUGGACUCUACUGGACUCUGUUGUCUUCUGCUGGACUCUACUGGUCUCUACUGGUCUCUACUGGACUCUACUGGACUCUGUUGUCUUCUGCUGGACUCUACUGGACUCUGUUGUCUUCUGCUGGUCUCUACUGGACUCUACUGGACUCUACUGGUCUCUACUGGACUCUAGUGGACUCUAGUGGUCUCUACUGGACUCUAGUGGACUCUGUUGUCUUCUGCUGGACUCUACUGGACUCUGUUGUCUUCUGCUGGUCUCUACUGGACUCUACUGGACUCUACUGGUCUCUACUGGACUCUAGUGGACUCUGUUGUCUUCUGCUGGACUCUAGUGGACUCUGUUGUCUUCUGCUGGACUCUACUGGUCUCUACUGGACUCUACUGGACUCUGUUGUCUUCUGCUGGUCUCUACUGGACUCUGUUGUCUUCUGCAGUUGACUGUGUUGACCUCUGACCUCCUACACCAUGAGCUCCAGGGUGUGCAGGACCUGUGGGGGGUCCGAUAUAGACGUGGAUCAGGCCCGAGGCAGUGCCGUGUGUACCAGCUGUGGUUCUGUUCUCGAGGACAACAUCAUCGUCUCUGAAGUUCAGUUUGUGGAGGGUAGCGGAGGAGUUUCUUCUGCUGUGGGACAGUUUGUGUCUGCUGACGGUCCAGUUAAAGCUCCUCUUCUUGGUUCUGGUUUUCACACCAGUGUUGGGAAAGAGUCCAGAGCCCAGACCCUGCAGGGCGGUAAGCGUCAGAUCCAGCAGCUGGGCAGUCAACUGCAGUUGAACCAGCACUGUUUGGACACUGCCUUCAACUUCUUCAAGAUGGUGGUCAGUAAACACCUAACGAGAGGACGUAAGACAGAGCAUGUGAUCGCCGCCUGCCUCUACCUGGUGUGUCGCACGGAGGGGACGCCACACAUGUUACUGGACCUGAGUGACCUGCUGCAGGUGAACGUUUACAUCCUGGGAAAAACCUUCCUGCUGCUGGCUCGAGAGCUCUGCAUCAACGCGCCUGCCAUCGACCCCUGCCUUUACAUCCCUCGGUUUGCUCACAUGUUGGAGUUUGGGGUGAAGACUCAUGAGGUUUCCAUGACGGCUCUUCGUCUUGUUCAGAGGAUGAAGAGGGACUGGAUGCACACAGGACGCCGACCCUCCGGACUCUGUGGAGCAGCUCUCCUGGUAGCAGCUCGAAUGCAUAAGUUUCGUCGUACGGUGAAGGAUGUGAUCAGUGUGGUGAAGGUCUGCCAGACUACUCUGAGGAAGAGAUUAACAGAGUUUGAGGACACGCCCACCAGUCAGCUGACCAUCGAUGAGUUCAUGAAAGUAGAUCUGGAGCAAGAAUGUGAUCCACCCUCCUUUAUCGCCGCACAGCACAAAGCCAAGAUGCAGCAGCUGGAACAGGAGCUGGCCAGGAAGCUGGAUGACGUUGAAGGAGAGAUCAGCUGCUACAAAGAUGAGAUUGAGACCGAGCUGGAAAAGAGUCGACCCAAACUGAGAGGAAUCUACGCUGCCUACGCCAAAGAGAUCGACCCUGAGGAAGCAGAGGUUUUGUCCUCAACCUCUGACCCCGAGGAGCAGGAGGUCGAAGAUGACGAACUCCAAGCAGCCACCCAACACUUGACUCAGGACUUCCUGUGCCAGGUGAUCCAGGAGGAGGAGGGACGGGGCAAGAAGACAGAUGACAAUGAGGUGGAGGCGGGGCCAGAUAUGGAGGGGGCGGGGUCUCAGAGGCAAGCUGCCCCUCUAGCAGCCAUACUGGGAAAACUGCCGAGCGCCGCUAGCUUGGGCCUUCAACAGACACUGGACGAGUCGGAGACGGGCGAGAAACCAGAUGACGAGCAGUCGGAGGGUGGAGAGCUGGACCUGGAUGGUAUUGAUGAUCAGGAGAUUGAUAAGUACAUCCUGAAUGAGAAGGAGGUUCAGGUGAAGACGGAGCUGUGGAUGAAACAAAACGCAGAUUACCUGAAGGAGCAGAAAGAGAAAGAAGAGAGGAUAAAGAAAGAGAAAGAACAGGGGACAUAUAAAGAGAAGCCGAAGAAGUCGAAGAAGAAGAAGGAGCAGAUUCAGGCAUCGACGGCGGGUGAGGCAAUUGAGCGGAUGUUGGAAAAGAAGAAGAUCUCCAGUAAGAUCAACUAUGACGUCCUCAGAGACCUGAACAGAGGAGGGACAGGAAGUGGGGGGGGCAGCAGUCCCAGCAGAGCCUCCUCCGACCCCCCCAACACCAACACCACAGCACGCAAGCGACUCAACCGCCGCCGCCGCAAGAAGGCCAACGACACUAACCGCGACCUCGCCGCUAAUGCUAGCAUCAUGGGGAAAAGGGUCCGCCUCCUGAUAUCCUCCACAUCCAAGAGGAAAAAAACAGCCGUCCAGGGGGGAUGCUGGACAUUAUUGACAAUGCCAGCCACCCCGGCAUUGUCAAUAAUGUCCAGCAGUUUGUCCAGUGUCCUCCUCUCUGCCACCGUCACCAGUGAGUCCAGCUUCAUGCCGACCACAGAGCCGGCCCGCCUGAUCAGUUUAUCCAGUCUGGAGGUGUCCUUCUUGGAUAUGCUGCCCCCCCCCCCAGCACACCACAGUGUAGAAGAGGACGCUGGUAACCACAGACUGAUAAAACAUCCAGAGCAGUUUGCUGCAGAUGUUGAAAGACCGCAAUCUCCUAAGGAAGUACAACCUGCUUUGUGUCUUUUCCGUACUGGUGGCUGGUGUGUGUUGACCAGUGCAGUUUAUUAUCCAGCCACAGCCCGAGGUAUUUGUAUGAUUGCACAGCCUCCACCUCAGCUCCCUCUAGCAGAACUGGUCGCAGUCUUGGUCUGGACCUCCCAAACUCAAUGACCAGCUCCUUUGUCUUAGAGAUGUUGAGCUGUAGGCAGUUAGUGUGACACCAGAGAGCAAAGUCCCCCACCAGUCUCCGAUACUCCUCCUCUCUGUCACCCCUGAUACAUCCAACUAUGGGUCUGUUAUCGGCGUACUUGUGUAUGUGACAAAGCUCCGAGUUGUAACAAAAGUCUGAGGUGUACAGAGUGAAGAGAAGAGGGGCCAGCACUGUGCCCUGGGGGGCUCCAGUGCUGUUGAUCACAAUGUCAGACGUGGUGUCCUUCAGCCUGACACUACUACUACUGUGGCCUGUCAGUGAGGUAAUCGUUGAUCCAGUCUACCAGAUAGGGGUCCACUCCCAUGUUCAGUUUGUCCUGAAGCAUAGAGGGCUGGAUGGUAUUAAAGGCACUGGAGAAGUCCAAGAAGAGAAUCCUCACUGUGCCGAUUCCCUUAUCCAGAUGGGAGUGGACUCGGUGUAGUAUGUAGAGGAUGGCGUCCUCCACACCAACAUCUGGCUGGUACGCAAACUGCAGGCAGUCCUGGGUGUGUUGUACCUGGGGUCUGAGGAGGCUGAGGAAGAGCCGCUCCAACGUCUUCAUCGGGUGUGAAGUGAGUGCCACCAGUCGGAAGUAGCUGGCUUGGCCUGUUCUUCUUGGGAACCGGGACGAUGCAGGAUGUCUUCCAGAGGGUGGGCACUCUCCCUAGCUGCAGGCUAAGGUUGAAGAUCCGUUGUAGUGGUUCCCCCAAUUCUGCAGCGCAGGUCUUCAGUAAUCUCGGACACACUUUAUCCGGGCCUGCUGUUUUCCUGGGCCGGAGCUUCCUCAGCUGUCCUCUGAACUGGUCUAUGGUGAUGUGAGUUUUACUCGGUUGGCAUUUGAAGAUCACUUGUUAAUAAAGAAGACGAUACAUCUGUCGUUUGUCAACGAGUUCAUCUGUCUGCUUAGCUGUGGUCAAUUCUUCAGUGAGAGCAGAAUAGUAAAAAAGCUGAUCCAUCUACGGCAAACAGAAUCACAGGUGGAUACACGCGUCAGCUUUGCCACAUAACGAAGAUGUCUCAGCUAAGAGAUGAUGAGGCCACAUCGGUCCGCACGCACGCUUCGAAAUCUUUGAAGUGCUCCAAGAAGUCAUCGGCUAGCAUGGCAGCAGUCAAUGCACGGGCUAAAGCAGAAGCAGCACGUGCAAGAGCAGAAUACGCUCAAAAGGAAAUUGAAAUGAGAGUAAAACAAGCGAAGCUCAAAAUGGAGGAAACGCGACUAGAGGCAACACUGCAGGCAUUUCAUCAGCAGCGUGAUGCAGAGGCCGCCCUCGCAGAAGCCCACAUAUAUGAGGCUGCAGCAAGUGAAAUAGAAGAAGACCGCAUGAGUGGUGAGCUCUCUCAGACCAUCCACCCCGCAGAACGCACUAGUGAAUAGGUAAAAGACCAACUUCCCCAAAAUCACAAAUUCACUGGCUAGCGAAGAGCUCGACUUGUUGAUCAAGUGGUUAGGCGAUGAAUCCUCACUUCAUGCAAAACGCCUCAGAUUGGCGCACAUCAGCAACCCUGUCAUUGGAUUGGGGAAAGUCUGGGAGAGGCUGCAAGAGUGUUAGGGCUCUCCAGAGGCUUUGGAAAAGGCUCUGUUUGAAAGGCUAGAAUGUUUUCCCAGAGUCUUGAACAAACAAAGACCCUCAUCUGCUACUUGCUUUUUUUUUUUUUUUUGCUGCCCAAACUUCCAUUUGGCCUGCAAAAGAAAUGGAUGACACAUGGAACAAAGUAUAAACAGGAACAUUUGGUGUCAUUCCCUCCAUUCUCCGUCUUUGCCACCUUCAUCAGAAAUGAAGCCAGAAUGAGAAAUGACCCCCAUUCCAUCUGUUACAACCUCUAAAGUGGACAGAUAUCAAGGAAGGCAUGACAGAACAAGAACGCCUAUCUCAGUUAACCGUAUGGAAGUAGUUAACUCAGAACAAAGACGAAAUGCAGAAAAAAAGGUUGAGGACCCUAGCAAAGAGUGUCCUAUCCACAAAAAGCCCCAUGCACUCAGAAAAUGUAGAGCAGAGAAGUCUCUAGAAGAACGUAAGGCAGAACCAAAUAUGUUUUCGAUGCUGUGCUUCUUCCAGCCAUCAGGCUAAGAACUGUGAGGCAGAAAUCCACUGUUCGGGGUGUGGCAGCAACUCACACAUCAAUGCUCUUCACUUCGGUCCUGCACCAUGGACUAUACAAGCUGUCAAAGAGUCCGCCACAGAUCACGGCAGGGAGCGAGAGACUUCACCUGUUGCCACCUCGACAUGCACGCAGGUGUGUGGAAAUGAGAACGGUGGAUAUGUUGUGGAAAUUUCUCUGCUGCUGGUGAAGAAUGAAAUAGAGAACUUCUGCCGGCUGACAAGGUUUUUAUUUUCUUUGCAAAUAAAAGGUCAAUCAACACGCGAGCGGUCAAAGAUGAAGAAAGACACCCAACAUGGGGAGAUCUAAACAUUUAUACCUGAGGACCACCUCUUUCACACCCCUUUGUCUGCUGUAGGGGUCUGGCCCUCCAGGAAGUGCUUUCACACCCCUCUACCCACUGCAGGCAUCGGGGCCGACCGCCUGCUGGUGUGUUUUAAUUCAAUUCAAUUCAAUUCAAUUUUAUUUGUAUAGCGCCAAUUCAUAACAGAAGUUAUCUCAGGACACUUUUCAAAUAGAGCAGGUCUAGACCGAACUCUUUAACAUUAAUUACAGAGACCCAACAGUACCACCAUGAGCAAGCACUUGGCGACAAGGGCAAGGAAAAACUGCCUGUUAAAAGGCAGAAACCUAGGACAGAUCCUCCGGCUCUAGGUGGGUGGUCGUCUGUCUCGACCAGUUGGGGUGAGAGAGAGAGAGAGAGAGAGAGAGAGAGAGCGACAGACAGACAGGUGCACAGCAACAACAGUAUUGGCAAUGGCAGUCAAGCAGGACCAUGGCAGGAGGCUCCACCAGGAUCCAUGAGAACCUGCGAGACGAGAAAGCACAAGAACUCCGGGGAAGAAGUGGAGUUAGUAACAUGCAUUAAAGGGACAUGAAUGAGUGCAGAAAGAGAGAGGAAGAGAGUAGCUCAGUGCACCAUGGGAAAUCCCCCGAUAGUCUAGGCCUA